GGUUAUAGGCAGUAUUACUUAAAAAAUAAAAGCAGUGUAGCGGUCAAGUGAGUAGCGCGAAAAGAAGACUGUUCUGUGUUUCCAAAACCCUAGCUCCUUCUUCUUCAUCAGUAUACACACCACCCAACCGCUUUUACUCUCAUUUCUCCAUCACACAACAUCUCUAUCUCCAUUCACCAUGUCAACUAUGAUGCAACCUCAGAUUAUAUUGCUUAAAGAAGGGACAGAUACAUCUCAAGGGAAGGCCCAGUUAGUGAGCAACAUUAAUGCGGUUAUGGCUGUGGCCGAUGUGGUGCGUACCACUCUUGGACCAAGGGGUAUGGACAAGUUAAUCCAUGACGAUAAGGGAAACACCACUAUUUCUAAUGACGGUGCAACGAUUAUGAAGCUUCUUGACAUUGUACACCCUGCAGCUAAGAUCCUUGUUGAUAUUGCCAAAUCACAAGACUCUGAGGUGGGUGAUGGAACCACUACUGUGGUUCUUCUUGCAGGAGAGUUCUUAAAGGAGGCAAAGCCCUUCAUUGAAGACGGCGUGCACCCUCAAAACCUCAUUCGCAGCUAUCGGACUGCUUCUUAUUUGGCAAUCGAGAAGAUUAAAGAAUUAGCAGUUAGCAUAGAGGGAAAAAGUUUAGAUGAAAAGAGAAGUCUACUGGCUAAGUGUGCUGCUACAACCCUCUCAUCGAAGCUCAUAGGAGGAGAGAAAGAGUUCUUUGCAUCAAUGGUUGUUGAUUCUGUCCUUGCAAUUGGGAAUGAUGAUAGGCUAAAUAUGAUAGGCAUAAAGAAGGUUCCCGGAGGUACAAUGCGCGAUUCUUUUCUUGUGAAUGGUGUUGCCUUCAAAAAGACAUUCUCGUAUGCUGGAUUUGAACAGCAACCAAAGAAAUUUGAAAAUCCUAAGAUACUAUUGCUUAACAUUGAACUGGAGCUGAAAUCAGAAAAAGAAAAUGCUGAGAUAAGGCUAUCAGACCCGUUGCAGUAUCAGUCAAUUGUUGAUGCCGAAUGGAAUAUCAUUUAUGAUAAAUUGGAUAAAUGUGUGAAGAGUGGAGCCAAAAUUGUUUUGUCCCGUCUGGCUAUUGGUGAUCUAGGAACACAGUAUUUUGCAGACCGAGAUAUCUUUUGCGCUGGCCGUGUUGCUGAAGAGGAUUUGCAACGCGUUGCUGCGGCCACAGGUGGAACUGUACAGACAUCAGUCAACAAUGUCAUUGAUGAGGUUCUUGGAUCGUGUGAAAUUUUUGAGGAGAAACAAGUUGGAAAUGAGCGGUUUAAUAUAUUUAGUGGAUGCCCUUCUGGCCAGACAGCAACUAUUGUUCUCCGUGGGGGAGCUGACCAGUUCAUCGAGGAAGCAGAACGCAGCUUACAUGAUGCAAUUAUGAUAGUCCGGAGGGCUAUGAAGAACUCUACUGUAGUUGCUGGUGGUGGUGCAAUAGAUAUGGAAAUAAGUCGAUACUUGAGGCAGCAUGCACGCACAAUAGCUGGAAAGUCCCAGCUAUUUAUAAACUCGUAUGCAAAAGCUCUCGAGGUUAUUCCACGUCAACUUUGUGACAAUGCUGGAUUUGAUGCAACUGAUGUGCUGAACAAACUAAGGCAGAAACAUGCGCUAGCGUCAGGUGAGGGUGCACUAUAUGGUGUAGAUAUCAAUACUGGUGGAAUUGCUGAUUCAUAUGCAAACUUUGUGUGGGAACCAGCUGUCGUGAAGAUCAAUGCUAUAAAUGCAGCUACAGAGGCAGCUUGUCUCAUUUUAAGUGUGGAUGAAACUGUAAAGAACCCAAAGUCUGAGAGUGCACAGGGUGAAGCUGCUGCAGGCGCAAUGGGCAGAGGGCGUGGCGGUGGUGCUCUUCGCGGUCGUGGAAGAGGGAUGCGCAGACGAUAGGUUUUUUAGAUGUAUAUUUAAGUCAUUGCUGGUUAAUUUACUAUUUAAAGUACCCAGCUAUAAUUGCUUGAGAGUCCAACCAUCUGUAUUUUUUCUUGUUUAUUUAUCAUUUUGUAUCCUACGUAGAGAUUCAAGUCUAUGUUAUUGUGAUUUGUUUUUA